AUGGGAGUGACCACGCCCGUCUCAUCACAACUUCCGCGGAUCAAGAAGAGCCUGCAUUUGGCACAUUCUCCCGAGCAGGACAGACUUGAAAGCUCACACGCCCAAUGCCAAAAGAGCCUAGGAAUCUCUCGAGUGAUGGCUAUCCUUCACAGAUGGCAGCAGAGAGCAGUAGAUCUCGCCCGAAUCAAGAGUCUACUGCGCCGCGAUGAGACCGACCUGAAGACCUUUCCAGAAGUCAAACUCGAUGCUUUUGUUCGGCGAUCGUCUUCGUUACACCAAGACGAGGAGGACUUCAUCAAGACGCGACGGCAUCGCAUUUCUUGUCAGGGAGACAAAUAUUUGCAUACAUUUCUGGGCCUGGCUGAAGAUGAGAUCGUCGACCCCUCAGACGUUCCCCUCAUCGCCUUGGGAGGCUCAGGUGGCGGAUACAGAGCUAUGUAUGGCUUCGCCGCUUUCAUCUCAGCGUCCAAGGAGAUGGGCCUGUGGGGCUGUCUCGUCUGGACGGCAGGUGUCAGUGGGAGCUGUUGGACUUUGGCAGGAUAUUACACCUUUGCGGAACAAAGCAUCUUGAGGCUCACACAGCACUAUCUGGCUGUCGCGAGGGAGUUGGCCCAUCCUCUAAGUUUACAUGCCCUUGAUACGGUGGCACGAAGUAGUCAGGGCAUCUACUUUCUCCUUGGCCCACUGAUCCGAAAAGUCAACAGCCCUAGCAGGGACAUCGGUCUUGUUGUGAUGGAUCUCUCUCUUGCCAAUGGCUUUUUCCAGUGGAUGGAGAUAUCGCCAGUCGAAAUUGGCAAUACUGAUAACCGCUCCUACAUUCCAACAUGGGCCUGGGGUCGAACCUUCCAAUCCGGAAAAUCCAUCAAUCGCUGUUCCGAACAAUCCCUCUCCCUCAUCCUCGGGCAAUGCACAAGCGCACCAGCCGGCCCCGUCUCUGGCUACAUAUCUGCGCUGCUGGCCUCACUCCCCAAAGGCACUCUGAUGUCCCGCAUUCUUCUUCUUCUCAACAAUUUUGCCCGGAUGAAGCGAUGGGAGAAAUUUUGGGGGAAUCCGAUCCGCGCAGGGCACGACCCAAACCCCUUCUACGGGCAUGCGCCAGAGUGGGAGCGGCAGACCAAAAUCCGGCUCAUGGAUGGCGGAAUGUCUAACAACCUUCCAAAUCAUGUUUUAGCGCGCCCCGAGAGAGAUGCUGACAUUAUCAUUUCAUUUGACACGUCGUCAGAUGUACAGACCGGAGCAGCUACUAGACGAAUGCACAACUUCGCAGAAGACUGUAACAUAGAGCUGGAAGAUAUCACUGCGUCAUUCGAUCAGCCACGCCCACGCGCCGUUGCGGACAACACGGAGUUCUCUGCAGCUGCUGUAGAAGUGGAGAGGAAAUUUUUGCAGAAGUAUGCUGGAGUGUUCCAUGGCAGAAGACAAAAUGGUCAUGAGAUCUACAUUGUAUACUGCCCUCUGUUACCCAAUGCCGUGAGACCUGACUUUGAUCCUUCAUGCAGUGACUCUAGGCAGUCACCACUGCGAUAUCCAUUACAGUACGGUCUCUGUCACCACUAUUGCCUCGUCAUAAUCGCGAUCGACGAGGCUGUUCCGGACAAUCAUACUAAGAGCUGGAAGGGUUGA